AUGGCGGGCGCUCUCUAUCCGCCGCCGGGCCUUGUGGCGGAGCUGGACUCCUCCCUGUCGCUGCUGGAGGUGGGCGGCGGGCGGGCGCCGCUGGCAGAGCAGCAGCAGCAGCGGCGGGCGGCCGCGGAGAACGCAGACCUGCUGCCCAUGGUGUUCCUCUGCGCCGGCUGCAAGCGGCCGGUGGGCGACACGCUGAGCUGGGUGACCAACGACGAGGAGGCGGGCUGCAUCCUGCUGCGCAGUGCGGCCGCCAGCGUCUCGGUGGACGAGGAGCGGAAGCUCUCCAGGCGGCCCGGCGAGUGCGGAUGCAUGAUUGAAACAUUAUUCUGCUCUGGCUGCUCAAUGACACUUGGCAACAUCUAUAGAUGCACCCCAAAGCAUCUCGACUACAAGAGGGAUUUGUUCUGUUUCAGUGUUGACUCAGUUGAAAGUUACAUUCUAGGAUCCUCAGAAAAGCAAGCUCUUACUGAUGAGGAACCUUUAACUCUUGAAAGUCGAGCUGUCCUGGAAGAGGUGCUACAAAGGGCAGACACUGUAUUAAAGGCCCUGGAGACAAGACUGACUGCUGUUGAAUCGAGUAUGGCUUCUCUUCACAAUAAAGUCUGAAAGAAAUUACAUGCAGGAAGUUUAACUGCAGGAGAAUGAUGUAUGUGGAACGUGUCCUCGUAAUCCUCUGGAAUCUGUGGGAAUGUUGCAAAAGCUGUGUAAAGAACUGAAAGACAUUGGUGGCUUGUGCUGCAGAAGAACAAUGCUGAAUAUGAGUCUUCACCAUAGACUAGGAGUUCCUCUCCUUUCUGUUAAAAGGAUACCCCAGAAAGAAAUAGAAUUUUUUAAUCAAGUUUCUGUAGACUUUUGGUUUAUAUGUAAAUAUUAUUUAAAUUUUAUUUCUGAAAGCAAAGCAUUUAUCUCCUGACUUCCCUGCUAUUCAAUAUCUACUGAACUGGGUGUGCAUCUCCUUCCUAAACUAAUAAAAAAAAAAAAAUCCCUGUGAUGUCUGAAGGAACAACAUGUCAUUUUUCUUGUCUCCACAGCCUUUGCUUGAUGUGUGCUCAGAGGGGAAUGGCACAAUAACUGUAUGGGGUGGUUUGUUUUUUUUUUUUGCAAGCUCAAGGCUAAAAUGUGAUGUAAAAGAAGGUUUUAAAAGCAUUAGAUAAAAUGGCUUUCUAUGCAGUAUUGAAGGUCACACGUCUUACAGCUUCAAGGGGAGGAAAACAAACAAGGCUGGUAGCAGCACACCUUUAAGCAAAGCUUGGUGUAUAUUUGAGCAAUGAAUUCAAAAUGCUAAUUAAGAACGCUUGUCAGUAUUUGUUGUUUUAAUGCAGAUAUUUCAGUUAUUUGUCUUUGAUCUUCUGUGUAUUUAACUAAUUGUCAGGGUUUCUUUAUAUAGUGUGAGUGUUCCAAGUAAUUGUUUUUUUCAAUAAAACAAAAGCAAACA